AUGGCAGCGGUCCAGAAGAGGAAGCGCGAGUCUCAAGACAUUGGCAGCAUGCGCGCGGCACCCGCUAUGAAUCAGACCAACAACGAGUUCGAGCAAUACCAGUUACAAGCAGACGACGAGGGCAUGGACUUUUCUGGCCUCAUACAGCAGGGUGGAGAUCACAUCGACACAGGAGACGUACAAGCAGACGCCGGUCACGUACCAGCACAGACUGCCGAUGCUACGAACCACGCCAGCGACACCGCCGCAGCUGCCAUGGCGCAGUUCCAUACCAUGACCGUCCCACAAUCCACCGAGCAAGCCUUCAUGACUCAACCAACGGAAGGUGCAGACCGGCAAGGAGGGGAGCAGGGCGGUGCGAGCGGGCAACAACGGACUACAAGCUUUGGCGACUUCGACACGACUGGCAACCAGUCUUCACCGAACGGCGAUGGUUCACCGGGUGCCACAGGCGCCGGAUCAGGAUCUCAGAAGCCGAGUGUGGGCUCUGACGAGUGGCACAAGAUCAGGAAGGACAACCACAAAGAGGUCGAGCGCCGCCGCCGCGAAACCAUCAACGAAGGGAUUAACGAGCUCGCCAAGAUCGUUCCCGGCUGCGAGAAGAACAAAGGCAGCAUCCUGCAACGCGCCGUCCAGUUUAUCACGCAGCUCAAGGACAACGAAUCGCAGAACAUCGAGAAGUGGACGCUGGAGAAACUGCUCACCGAACAGGCAAUCGCCGAGCUUAGCUCUAGCUGUGAUAAGCUUAAGAGCGAGUGCCAGCGCGCGUGGGCAGAGGUCGAGCAGUGGAAGAAGGCGGCGCAGAAGGCGGGCGUCUCGAUCGAUGAGGAUGGUAAGGGGGAUACGGAGGAUGCGGAUGCUGACUGA